ACAACGUCAACGGAUUUUGAAACAAGCAAAUCAUGCACGUUCUUGUCGCAGCUGUGUUUGCCAAUCUUCUCUGUCUAUUACAAUCGUGGAAAAUGGUGGCCAAACUUUGGGUGGAGGAAUGCGAUCCGAACGCUAAAAUAGAUGAAGAUGCGGACUUGUCUGUUGCAACACUCCACGUGAUCCCAGUCGAUAAGGAUACUAGAAAGAAAAUGUACCAUUAUUAUUACAGCAAAAGCUGCGACGAAAUAAUUUUCGCGGUUUCGUCCCGAUGGAAAAAUCCAAAUAUCGCUGAGAUCUAUUGGAAUCAGACAGUAGAUCAAGACGACCUCAGCAAAGUGCCAAAGUAUGACUCGGUCUUUGGAAUGCUUGUUGUACGAAAAGAUAAGACAUGUGAAAACGACAAUCCUGUGACAUUUUUCCACAAGCGCUAUAAGGAGUGUGGCUGCAAAAAAGAACCAGGAAGCGGUUCAGACUUCUCGUCUAUGUAUGAUAAGAGUCCUUUCCGACCUGGCCGCAUCGAGAUCAUUUUAUACAAAGACAACGCCGAGAAGCAGUACCAUUCAACGUUGCUCAACUACACACCUCCUGCCGAUUGUUAUGCGACCGAUACCUGGAUAGCAAACCAGGGACUCUAUCUCUUGGAUCUUGAGAAUAAAGUGUGGUAUCCAGUUUAUUACGACCUUUGGAGUGAUGAAGACUUUUUCAUCAUGUAAUCUGGCAAUAAAUGCUGUUGUUG